AUGGAAGAACCUACUGAUAUAUCUUUCUACAUUGGGCAAGAUGGGGUGGAGACGUUAAGAGCAUUAGAUGUCCCUUUAGAAGAAGGUGAUGUAGUUUCCAUCAAUCUAGCAAAUAUCGAUGAACAGAAUCCUGAUGAAAUUAUCCUGUUUCUCGCUGAUACCAAGAGUGGGAAACAUUAUUGGAUAAUCGUGGCUCGAGCUUAUUCCCAAUUGGGAAAAUUGGACGAAGCAGUUCAAAUCAUCAAGUCGGCGUUGGGUUCCGACAACUUUGGCAACGAAGAUAAAAAGACCCUUCAAUCGUUUUUAAUAUGGUUACAUUUCAAAUUUGCUUACUUGGGGAUUAACAAAAGUUCCAACUUGGUGGAAGCAGGUACAGGGAUUGCCGAAUUAGCAUCGAAGAUCCAAAGCGAUGCUCAAACUUCACCAGUCAACAGUACAAGUAACUUGUUGUCACAGGCUGUGUUGGCAUUGUACCAAGGCCAUGAUGACGAUGCAUUGCAAAUAUUUGAAAAGAUAUUAAAGAGAGAUCAAAAUAAUACAUUUGCUUUGCUGGGUAAGGCGCAAGUGUUGUUGAAUAAGUCGAAAAGCUAUGCAAUGGCUUUGAAAUUGUUUCAACAAGUUUUGAUACUAAACCCCACCACUAAGCCCGAUCCUAGGUUGGGUAUUGGAUUAUGUUGUUGGUUUUUAAAGGACGAGAAAAUGGCAAUCCAGGCAUGGGAACGAGCACUUGAACUAGAUCCAAGCAAUGUAAAAGCAAGAAUAUUUUUAAAUUUGGCCCAUUUCCACAAUGCGUUUAAUAACUCGUGGAGUGACGAGGAGUUUGUCAAUAACUAUAAAGCUUGUUUGGUUGAGUUGUCACAGAUCCACAAGAGCAAUGUCAAUGAUACGACGGUCUUGUUGGUGCUCGUGUCGUACUAUUAUUCCAAGAAUGAGUUUGACACUGUCGAAAGAUUGUUGAGAAAAGUGGUCAAAGACAUAACAGGAGACGAAAACUUGACUAAGCUCGCCACCCAUUCCAAAGUUUCAAAAUACGAGUCCAAUGCAUUGUCUGAAUGUGGUACCUGGUUAGGAAGAAUCAGAUUUGCCGAUGGUGAUUUCACACAGGCGUCAAAAUAUUUCCAAGAAGCAAUCAAGUUGAACGAUUUGAACAUAGUGGCCAAAUUGGGAUUGGGUCAAUCGCAAUACAGCCGUGGCUCGGUUGAGGAAGCCACAUUGACAUUUGAAUCCAUCUUACGCAGCAAUGCCAAUUGUUUGGAGGCAAAUUACUCACUAGGUGUCAUAUAUGCGAAACAGAGUUCAAAGAAGAAGAAGGAACUUGCAAUUCAAGUAUUGGAGCGAUAUAUUCGACUUUCGAAUAAUAGAGGGUUAUCAUCGGCCAAAAAUGAUGCUGACUUUUUGUUGAACAAAGAGCCAGUUGCGUUGAAUGCGUAUUUGACAUUGAGCAGUUUGUAUGAGAGUAUUGAUUUAUCGCAAGCACUUUUGUAUUUAAACAAGGCGGUUGAAGCUAGAAAGCUGGUGGACAAAGACGUGCCCUUGGAGGUUUAUAAUAAUAUUGGAGUGUUUCAGUUUACCAAACAAAAUUUCAAAGGCGCCUUGGAAAACUUUCUGUUGGCCAUUGAUAAGUUGGAUGGGGCGGAAUUUUUAAGUCCCGACGGCGAUGUAUUGGUCGAUUUACCCGCAGAUUUGAGAGUUAGUUUGACAUUCAAUUCAGCCAGGACAAAAGAACUUUCAGAUGAUAAAGAGGCCUUGGAGGCGUAUCAUUCAUUGUUGUCGGAAUGCCCCCACUAUUUUUCAGCAAAGUUGCGUAUUUUGUUCUUGUCAUGUAUACUGGAGACUAAUUUGACACCAAGAGAGAUUCAAACCGAAAUUGAUGAGCUAUUGACGUUGAAUGCAUCUGACUUGGAAAUUAGAUCGUUUUACGGGUGGUUUGCCAAAAAUUUUGGUAAAAAGUUGGGCAUGAAGCCAGAUGCAGAUACGGCAUUCCAAAAAGAGACUCUAGUUGAAUAUGACAAACACGAUUGUUACGCUUUACUUUCAUUGGCCAAUAUUUAUUGUGUCUUGGCUAGAGAUUUGAAAGGAUCAAGUGUGGACGAAAAAAAGAGAACAUACUAUGUGAGGGCAACUGAGUUGUAUACUAAAGUGUUGACCGUUGAUAGAAAGAAUGUUUACGCGGCACAAGGGUUGGCAAUAGUCUAUAUUGAAAAUAAGGAAUCAACAAAAGGGUUAAAUAUUUUGAGGAAAAUCAGGGAUUCGCUUAAUGAUAUCUCGGUUUAUUUGAAUCUUGGACAUGUUUUAUGUGAUGUUAAGCAAUACGGUAAGGCUAUUGAAAACUACGAGCUUGCUUUGACCAGGUUUACCGAUGGUAAGGAUGUGAAAAUUUUGACAUUCUUGGGUAGAGCCUGGACACUUCGAGGAUCAAAUGAACAAAAUUUGAGCUAUUUUAAGACGGCUUUGGAUUACACUAGACAAGCAUUUGACUUGACCAAGGGUUUGAAAUCGGCCUUGCGUUUCAAUAUAUCAUACAUUCAAUUCCAGAUUGCUGACUUUAUUACCAAACAGCCAGUUCAACAGAGACAACCACAGGAUAUAAGCGAUGCAAUUACUGGUUUGAAUGAGGCUAUAGAAACAUUGGUGCAAUUAUCGUCUGAUGAAGAAAAACACCCACCAUAUCCAAAGGAUGAGUUGCGAGGUAGAGCCAAUUUAGGUUCGAGUACAUUAUUGAACAGACUAACUAGUGCUCUUGAUGAAACAAAGGAAAACAUCGCCGAAGUGGAACAUAGGCUUGAAACAGCAAAACAAUUGCGAGAACAAGAAAAGGAGGCUGAACUUCAAAAAGAACAAGAGAGAAUCAAUGCCAUGAAGGAGAAGGAGGCUGAAUUGGCCAAACAAAGAGCAGCUUUGCAAGAACAAGCGCAACAAUGGGCUGAAGAGUCGAGAAUUGAUGUGACGGCUAAUGACGAGGAGGAGAAUGAUGACAAGUUAUUUGAACAGGAAUUAGAAGGGGGAGAUAAAAAGAAAGGUAAAGGCUCAUCAGCGUCAAGGAGUAAAGGUAAAGGGGGUAAAUCAAAGAAGGGCAAAAAUGCUAGGAAAAUUGUGUCUGACAGUGAAGAAGAGCCAGAAGCUGAGUUUUCGGAGAACGAAACUAAAUCGAAUGGUAAACGACAAUUUGUUUCUGAUGACGAUGAAGAUGGUGAUGAGGAGACGGUUUCUAAUGGAUCUAAGAGAAAGAAAACACUGCAUUUGUCUAAAGAGUUUAUUAAAGAUAGUGAUGAGGAAUUAGAAGAUGAUGAUCUCUUUGGAAAUGAUGACGAAGAGGAAAAGAGUGAAGAAGAAAAGGGUGAGGAAGGUAAAGGUGAUGGCGAUGAAGCAGAGAGCGAGAAAGAGUAG